AUGUCUGGCGGUCUCGAAAAGGCUCUCUUCAACUUGAAGUUCACAGCAAAACAGCUGAACCGACAAGCAAUCAAAGCCGGCAAAGAUGAGAACUCCGAGAAGGCAAAAAUAAAGAAGGUGCGCAACCCGCUCGCCGCCGGCUCCCGGAUAACCUCGGCCCUCGCGCCUCUGAAUUAUACCGAAAGGGCAAUCAUCUGA